AUGGACCGAUACAAUAACCAUCGACCACCUUCCUCUAUGUGCAGCUCGAUCAACUCUGGUCUCAGUCAUUCUGUGAAUACUGUCACGCCACCCGCUUCUCCUCCAGCACAUCCACCGUGUCCACUUGGCCCACCGAGCAAGCGCGCAUCAACCGGUGCGACAAAUACAGGCCCAGGGUCCCACGGUGUGACAGUGGCUGCGAGUUACUCACGUCAGCCUCAUAGUAAUGAUAUUAUUGAAGCUGCAAAGGUCAGGGCUCAGGAUGAGCAGGAGAUGCAAAAUUUACUUCACAGUGUUCAACUAUCCUGCCAAAUCUGGAAUGCCGAGAUCGAACCCGAACAUGAGACAAAUGAUCUCUGCGACUGUGCAGUCCACAAAUACUUGAAACGGAAGAUCGAUCGCCUUCAAACUCAGGAAAUGUGGUCAAAAGCCGUAUUAUAUCCCGGAGAAAAGCCAUAUCACGACUGCAAUCACCUGCGUCUGUUCAAUAACAACCCAUAUUCGACCGAGAUCAUCUCGCCUUACGGUCUUCCAGGUGCAACUUUAUCCGGAAAGGUCAGGCCCGAUCCACAGAACCACUCCACAUUUCUACAACAGACAAUAGCACUAGAUUCGAGUCUGAACUCGAAGGCACAAAUCGCUGUCCAGGCCCAGGAGCCAUCAUUUAAUAUCUGGGAUCUUGAACAACUAGAGUCUUUGGUAACGAAUAUGGCCAUUUCACGCACCUUAACGAAUAGCCCCAGCCCAAAUGACAAGCCGUCAAAACGUGCAACGUUUAAAAAGGCUCUGUCGGUUAGGACUUCUGACGAAAGAGCCGCGGGUAACCUGAAAAAGAAGUUUUCUGGAGGAUUUGAGCGCCGUGAAGCAAUCCUCGCAGAGGAGAAUGGUCGAUGGCAGGACGACUACGACAGACAUGUUGUUGCGAUCUACCAGCAAACUGUUGGAAUAAGCUCAAAAGUCCGAGAGCUUCGAACACAUCGCCCUCUUCAAUAUCUUCACCUUCUACGUGCAGGAUAUUUCGAGCCCAUUCCUAUAUCCUGGCGCGGAGACACACAGGUCUGCAAUCCUCUGCAAUUCUCUAUCAAUUCUGCUGUGGGGUGGAGAGGAAUAACGCCUGCAUGGAGGGGCUACGACAAUACUGCCGAAGAACGACUGUACUGGACUCUGAGCCAUCGAGAUGGAGGAAGUGUUGUUAUAAAGCCAGACAUCAUCUCGGCGCUAGACAUGGCUCGCAUACGAUUGGAUUCAGCAGUGGAGAUACCGCCGGCAUAUCAUGAUCCUGAUGAUACAUGUCAUGUUCAGAAUACCUCUCAUGGCUACUCAAAACAGGUCAAGUCCAUUUUCAGAUGGAGUACCCCGAUAUCGUCCACUGAUGAGACAAUGAUUCUAUUGGAUGUUUCGGGGUCGAUGGAUUUCAACCCGGCGCGCCCGAGCUACAACAAGUCUCUCAUUACCGGUUAUGUCAAGACAAGUCAACCAAAGAACAAAGAUCUCGCAAAAGCGAUGAUUCAUCGCUUUAUCGACGCCUUGGGAAAUUAUGAUCAUGGAUUGCAGGGCUACCCAUUGAUAACUUUCUCCUGUCAAGCAAACUACUUGGGAGCUGUCAAUGGAUGGAAUAUAAACAAAAUGUGGGACAAUAUCGAAUUCGGUGGACGCACUCGAGUUAUGACAGGGUGGGAGAAGACAAAGGAGUUACAUUUCCUAAAACACUCCGCGACAGCAAACUACCAUCCGAUCUAUGGGUGGCAGCCAGGUCCAGAAACACCCAACCUGCGACUCCUUCUGAUACUGGACGGCGAAGCAAGCGACAUGGAUGAAUUUGAACUCGAGCUUUUGGGCCUCUCCUGGGCGUAUACUACCAUAUUCCUGAUUGGCGUCGAAGGAAGUCUAAAUCACCACCGUCAUGCAAACAAGUUACAAAGGAUCAGUGAGAUAAAUCCUCGAGUAUCAUUUGUUGAAGCCCAAGGGAAUAUCGCAGAGCGAUUCGUUUUGCACGAACUGCUCAAACGACACUUGGGCCGCGAUCUGUCAAUGGCCGAGUUUAGAGAUCUACAGCAUUCCACGGCAGAGUUACCCUCGCCCGAGCAAAUUCGGUAUGAUAGGCGCCAGUCAGCCGUAGCCCAACUUGAACAGGUACCUGUCGAGCUGCCAUCGCUGGAAGAGACAUGGCACUGGCAGAUGCAGCAGCAUGGUCCAUCAAAUAUACCAUCCACACCAUUGGUUGAGCUACGAGCGGAUCGGGAUCCGAUUGAACUACCUACGACUAAACCAUCCUCGCCUCGAUAUACUCCAUUUCCUCCUCGGCCACCUUUGGGAACAGGUAGCCUACCACGUCUGCGGCCCUUGAAUCAUGAAUAA